AUGCGUUUCGCGACUCUCUUCUUGACUCUCGCCUCGCUGGCCUGUGCCGCCGAGCUCGGUAUCGAAGUCACUCACAAGGUGGAUUGUGAGCGCAAGACCCAAAACGGCGACACUGUCCAGAUGCAUUACCGGGGUACUCUCCAAGCAGAUGGCAAGGAGUUUGACUCGAGCUACAAGCGCAAUGCUCCUUUGGAGUUUGCGCUGGGAACUGGCCGUGUGAUUAAGGGAUGGGACCAGGGUCUUCUCGACAUGUGUGUCGGCGAAAAGCGCACUCUGACUAUUCCCCCCGAGUUCGGCUAUGGUGAGCGCGGCAUUGGCCCCAUCCCCGGCGGUGCCACUCUUGUCUUUGAGACCGAGCUCGUCGGUAUCAAGGGUGUCGAGAAGAACGAUGAAUUAUAG